CUCGAAUGGCAACGCUAUUAGAAUUUCUAUCAUCUCUUUGAGUUAAUAACUCGCAGAUAGUGCUUCCCAAAGACCUCAAUAUGCGCUUUCUGUACAGCCGACUCCCCGUUCACAAACCGGAUACAGGACGAGAUGAAGAGGGCGAGGACAGUCCAGAACAGGCACUUGAGCUUCCACGCUUUUUUUGUAGAUGGCUCCCGAUGUUCCUCAUCCUUUUGGUACUUACCAACGCUAUAACAUUGCUGGGCAGCCUCUACUGGGCAUCAUUGCGGGAAUUACGUAUGAAGGCCGAGCCACCGCUGGAUUAUGCUCAGAUACCGCAGUCCCUCGAUACAGUCUGGAGACGAUUCCGGUGGAAUGAGACUGGCCACAGCACCGCCGGGAGAAACGAACACAUUGACGCGAUUUGGAGAAAUAUCCGCCCUUCACAUGGAUAUAUUACUAUAAAUCGCGACUUGGCUAAGCAGAGGCAAUGGCCGGAGAGUAUGGGUCUUCUGUCGAACCCGGAGAAGGGGCGUGUUAUUCGAGACACCUUCUGGGAAGCAGUCGAGAGAAAUCCCUAUACGGACAGCCCGGGGCCGCAUUUGGACUACUGUUUUGAUACUUUGCGGCAGUACAUUCAAUGCAACGCAGAUAGCAUCCCUCUCUAUACGCUCGGGGGUAUUGCCGCGGGCGAUGACCAGCUGCACCGAUGCAAAGACUGGUCUCAGCUCCGAGAUUAUGCAACAAGACAUACAGCAUGUAUUCGAGACGUACCGGAGGAUGUACCAAUAUCUGAGCGAUUUGGUAUUUGUGAUAUGGGCAAGGAUGGUAUUGUCGAUUUGGCAGAGUAACUCUCGAAGGUUGGUUAACUGUAUCAGGAAUGUAGCUGAUACAACACAGUUCGAAGUCCAAAGAUCGCUGUGUGCGUUCAAUUGAUCGAAACUAAGUAUUUUAGGGAGCUUGGCAAGCAUGGGAAGGCUGUUGAGAGCAAACGAGGAUCUAUUACAUGAGACAAGUGAGACGGGAAUCUAG